AUUAUAGUAUUAUUUAAUUUAUGAUCAUUGAACAUGAAUAGUUGCCAUUUGCAAAAAAUUCAAAACUCAGAAAACCACCGCUAUAGCAUGACUCAUGCGCAAGCAAGUUGAAACCUCUCCCUCCAAAUUAUAUAUUCUCUCUUUCAUCCUCACACUUUUUCUCACCACACCACAAAAAAAAACUCCAUUCUUUCUCUCUCUAUCUCUAUAUCUUUCUCUCUCUAGACUCUAUAUUUUCAGGAUAUGCUACAAGUGGAUUUAGAAACACUUGUUUCAGCCUGUGCUGGCGGUUCUAGUGAUCGGAAAAUCGCUUGCGAGUCACAAGCUGACAAUCACAAAACGGAUCCACCGGAGCAUCAUCCCGAUUCUCCGCCGGAGUCAUUUUACCUCUCCAAAGAUGAAGAAACUGAGUGGUUGGAUCGUAACUUCGUCUACGAACGGAAAGAAUCCACCAAAGGAAACUCAAAUUCAGGAAACCUAAACCCUAACUCCAGCUCCAACUCCAAUACAACAUCUCAACGUUUCGCAAAUCUCAAAUCUAAGACUUCAAUGAUUGGCUUGCCUAAGCCUCAGAAACCUUCCUUCGUUGACGCUAAGAAUCGUCGCAACCAUAAGCCUAGCAACAUUAAGUUGUUUCCGAAGCGGAACGCCUCCGUCGGAAAAUCAUUCGCCGAACCUUCGUCACCGAAGGUGUCGUGCAUGGGAAGAGUCAGAUCUAAACGCGGAAGAACUUCAUCCGCCGCCGCCGCUGCAGUUAAAGAAAAAUCGCCGAGAACCGAGAGAAAACGCAGUUUCUUUGGAAGUUUACGGUCUAUUUUCCGCUCCGGUGGAAGAAAUAAAUCGAACCGGAGAACUGAUCCUCCGGCUUUUGAUUCAUCCGUGACAAACACGAACAGCGUUAGUAAUUCAAAAGCGCGUGACAGCACGGCGAGCUUAAACGACACGUCUUUUGUGGAGUCUGUAUCGAGAAAUAGCGUCUCGGAGAGUGAACCGCCGGGUUUGGGUGGGAUGAACCGGUUCAAGUCUGGAAGACGGUCUGACUCGUGGGGAGGAGAUGAUUCUGAAAUCCACGUGUCGCGAUGACAUUCGUUCUUGGUAACGGUUCCGUUACGUUACGCGACGGCUACAACGAAGCGGGGCCCAUCGGCUUUGCAAGUCAGUGGAGUCAGUAAAUGAUAAACAUCACGCGACUCGCGGGUCAUUCGCGUGGGGUCCAAGCGUGUUUAAAAAUGUGAAUGAUGUGGCGCGUUGAAUAACAAUAUGUGCGAUUGUUAUUGUUGGGAAUAUUUUUUUCCAUUCUUUUUAUAUUGUUAUUAAAUUUGAGAGUAUACAAGAGACAUGGGUGUUUUUAA